AUGGCAUUACUACUUUGGCUUAUUUUUACAAUCUAUAAAGCAACAGCUUUGCUAUUAACUGUUGGUUCAUGUGCAGGACUUUUUGGUGCAUCAAACCCAGACAUCUGAAAAUCAAUAAAGGCUCUUAAUCCUGACGCAUUUAUAUGACUUGGAGAUGCAAUUUAUGCUGAUCAAAUGAUUUUGCCACUUGUUUUCCGGUCUGCAACUGAAGAAGAAUGAAAAAAGAAAUAUGCAACUCUAAAAAAUGCUGAAGGCUACAAGGAGCUGCGAGAAUCUAUAAGGAUAUUAGGUGUAUGAGAUGACCACGAUUACGGAAAAAAUAAUGAAAAUAAAUACUAUCCUUAUAAAAGCUUGUCUAAAGAACUUUUUCUUGAUUUUAUUGAUGAGCCUAAAAACAGCAUCAGAUACCAAAGAGAAGGAAUUUAUGAUUCUUAUGAUUUUAUUGAAAAUGGGAAGAAAAUAAAAGUUAUUUUGCUGGAUGAUAGGACUUAUUUAGAUCCCCCAGGACCAGAUUCUGAUAACCUAGGAGAAAUACAAUGGGAGUGGCUUAAAAAUGAGCUUGACGAUAAAGCUGAUUUAUAUUUAGUUAUGAAUGGGCUGCAAAUCAAUGUUGAAGACAGAAUUACAGUGACUGAAAAGUGGUUCGAAAAAGGCAGAAAAAGAAUGCUAGAUAUUCUUGAUAGCAAACCUGGAGUUAUUUUGGUAACUGGAGACGUUCAUCAUUCUGAAAUUUUACUUUAUUUUGCAUUAAUAAUAGAUUUAAUUUUUUAUAAUUAAUUAUGCGAAAUUCAAUAUACAGCAAUAUAAAAAUUGACUGUUAUAGCUACCCUAUCUAUGAAAUAGUCUCAAGUGGGUUAACUCACUCUGUUAAUACCCAAUAUGGCUUCCUCACAAGUUUAUAUCUUGAAGCCUGUUACCCCUUCACAUACAACAUUGGUAGUAGAAUUUACGAUAGAAGUUUUGCCUCUAUUGAAAUAUCAAAUGAUAGCAUUAAUAUUGAUCUCAGAGAUUCCUUUGGCAGCAUUCAGUUGCAUCACUCCUUAAAAAUCAGCGACCUUUUCUCUCAUCCAAAUACCCCUUAUUUCUGCUAUCAAUCCAUAUGGGAAAGAAGAAUAAAGCAUUGGGCAAGCAUCUUAUUAGUAUACGUCAUACCUUUUCUUACAAAUAUUUCAGCAUUUUAUAUUUGGGUAAAAAAAUAUUCGAAAUCUUAUUAA